AUGUCGCUAGAGGAAUUUGAUGAAGUGAAAUUUGAUCAUUCAACAAACAGGUUGGACACCCCAUCGAAUUAUCUCUUGAGAAAGGCAAGAAAAGAUCCAUCUGGUUUGGAUGAAUUACGAAAAUCCAUGAAAUCGUCCACAAUUUAUGUUGGAAACUUAUCAUUUUAUACCUCUGAAGAACAAAUAUACGAACUUUUCAGUAAAUGUGGUACAAUUACAAGAAUAAUCAUGGGUCUUGAUAGAUUCAAAUUUACACCAUGUGGAUUCUGUUUUGUCAUAUACAGUAAACCAGAAGAAUCACUAAAUGCGGUGAAAUAUUUGAGUGAUACAAAGCUAGAUGAUAGAAAUAUAACGAUCGAUAUAGACCCAGGCUUCGAAGAUGGCAGGCAAUUUGGUCGUGGUAAAAGUGGUGGCCAAGUUAGUGAUGAGUUGAGAUUCGAAUAUGAUGCAUCAAGAGGCGGCUUUGCUGUGCCACUAACUGAACGUGUAGGGAAUACAGCGUAUCCUAGACAUCCGGAGCAUGGUCACGGCCACGGUCACGGUCACGGUCACGGUCAUAGUCACGUCCGUGGGCAUGGUCAUCAAAACAGACAGAGUAACGAUUACAUACCUGACGCGAUGGGCGCAUUUGACCCAAACAAUCGUCAAGAAAUUGAAGAUCAGGAAGAGGAUAAUUAUAUACCUGAAUAG